AUGAGUGACAGAGCGAUCACCGGGAAGAUCACUGCGAGUGGGAGGGAGUCUAAGCGGGCGGGCCGGGGUCGGGGAUGCUGGCGACGGGAUCGUUUCUGGUCGACGAGGGUUCGCUCGGCUUCGGCUGCUUCAACAGGGACGGGGCGACGAUUGAUGAUGCUCGUGACGGGGACGGUGACAAUGACGAUGAAUUAUGAUGAUGAUGAUGAUGAUGAAGAUGACGAUGCCGGCAGUGGUGGUGGUGGUGAUGGCCGGGGAUUCUCCACGCUGCCCGUUUCGGUCUCGGUUGGUGUCGCUUGUCACUAA